GGGUUGUCGGAGGAUAGUCGGGUAGACUGCAACAACUCUUGAGGUGGACGCAACAGCAGCUGCCUCGUUUCAGGCGCAAACACCGUUACUGUCCGUUGCUGACAACUACCAGAAAUGUCGGAGACGUCAAGUGAUGCUGAGUCGUCCUGUGGCUGGACCAUUAUCAGUAAUGAGGGCUCAGAUAUCGAGACGUUGGGGUCAGAGGCUGCAGUGGAAUAUGGAGCCCAGCUGCUAGAGCGCCCUCCGGAGGAGAAAGCAGAGCUUCAGGUCACACAGGCCUCCGCACCAGCAGGAUGUAAUGACGAGAGAGAAGCUGUUUUACUUGACGAUACACUGGAAGAACGAACUAAAGAUGAGACACUGCUGGUCUCUGAGGACAGAGACAGCGCUGCAGGGAAAGAGCCUGUGACUCUGUUGACUUUUAGCGAUCACUCUGACAUCAUGACUCUGGGAGACUUGAAGGAGGACGAGCACGCAGACGUGGAGGAGGAAGUAGCUGCCAACGCAGAGUUUUACCUCGGCACAUCCUGCAGCAGCCAGUACGCCUUCACUGCUGCAGAGACCGUUUUCCCGGUGCAGCAGCCGGCAGUGACCAACUCGAGCAGCAGUGAGGACGAGGCAGGACAGAGCCCCAGUAAUAUUAUACGAAGACGAAGGGUGAGGAAGAAUACCUCGAGCAAUGUGACGGAGCCUGAGGAGGACGAGGAGGAGGAGGCGCUGGAGUCUGGACCGAGUGAGGAGAUGGAGGAAGAUGUGGACAAAGAGGAGAAGCAGCAAGAGGAGGACAAGGAGGAGGAGGAGCCGGCUGAAGUUGGACUUGGAAUGAAGGGUCAGAGCAGCAGCAUCCUCAACAAGUGUAUCCUGCUCGCCCUCGUCAUAGCGUUCAUCAUGAGCUUUGGUCAAUUCUAUGGCACAGUCCAGACACAAGAAAGGCGGAAAAUAGUGGAGAACAUCAGAGUGAAUGAGCCCGAUGGUGUGAGAGAUCUGCUUCAUCAGCAUGUACGAGAACAACCUCUGACAAACCAGGCUCAGAAGAAAAACCUGGAUGAGCAAAACAUGAUUUCACUGCUCACAGGUGUGAUUGAGAAGAUGAAGAAAGAGAAUCAGGAGAUCAACAUUAAACAGAAGCACAUUCAGGCCCAGAGAAAGGACCUGGAGAUGCUGCUGCAUCAGAAGGCUGAGGAGAAGACCAACGUUGUGGCACAACAGCAGAAGCUGGCAGCUGAGAACCAGCAGCUGAAAAGCUCUCUGGCACGUGAGGAAAAGUCUUUGUCCACGUUACAAGAGGAGCUAAGGAACCUGCGCUCCAAGAUCAGAGAUCUGGAGAUGAUGGGAGCUGGAGCUGACUCGCUGCUGUCAGAAAACCAGAGGCUGGAAGAGCAGCUGGAAGAGGAGAAGAAGCAGAUCCAAAACAUCAACGUCCAGAGGGAAGGAUUAAAGGCUGAAGCUCAGACACUGAGGAAGAAGCUCGACGAGGAGAGGAAGGUGACAGAUGAGCUGAGGGGAGAGCUGGAUCGUGUGAGAAGUCAAAUCCCCGUAGCUGGAAAGGAGGCUGGGUCAGAGGGAGAGGAGCUCCAGUCACGGCUGCUGGAGCUGGAGGAGAGACUGAGCUUCGAACAACAGCGCUCUGACCUGUGGGAGAGGCUGUACCUGGAGACCAAAGAAGAACGAGCCAAAGGAGACACAGAGUCCAAAGUGAAGAAACCUAAAAAGGGCAUGGCAGGGAAAGUAAAAGAGACAUUUGAUGCUGUGAAAAACUCCACCAAUGAGUUUGUCCACCACCACAAAGAGCAGAUAAAAAAAGCAAAAGAGGCUGUGAAGGAGAACCUGAGGAAGUUUUCAGAUUCUGUCAAAUCAACUUUCCGAAACUUCAAGGAUUCAGCUUCGACUCUCAUCAACAAGGCCAGAGGCUUUUAUCCCAAGAAACGUGAUGACAGGAACUCAAAAGAGUCAUGGCCACACAGAUCAAACAAGCCUCCUCACAGACAGGCGCACAAAUCUGACGAUUUCUCCCACAGCAGCCACAACACUCGCAAAUACGAGCAUAAAGUGCAUGAAGAGCAAGGUCCGAGCAGCCAGAAAGCCAACCCGAAAGGCUGCUCUGGGGUCUUUGACUGUGCUUACCAGGAGUCCAUGAGUCUCUUCAACCAAGCCAUGGAGCCGAUCAAAGCAGACGAGUUCCACCAGCUGCUGCAGAGCUACCUGCAGCAGGAGGUCGACCACUUCCACCACUGGAAAGAGCUGGAGCUGUUCGUCAACAACUUCUUCCACAACGGGGUGUUCAUCCACGACCAGAUGCUCUUCACAGACUUUGUCAGCGGCGUGGAGGACUAUCUGGCGGACAUGCACGAGUACCAAGGGCUCCACGAUGACACGUUCGGAGACCUGGACGACUUUGUCUACAGACACCUCUUCGGAGAGGUUUACACAAAAAGCUAUAGACCGAGCGGACCGUUUGAAAGACCUGACGCAGACUCAAAGGAGGAGACCCGGUCAAAGCAUCAUCAGCGUAGGCAGCAGAAAGCCAGAUCCCGAGCACAGAGUGAACGCAAGUGGAGCCGAUCAGGAAGAAACACAGACAGACACAUGGCUGAUGUCAAAAUAGAACUGGGUCCGAUGCCGUUUGAUCCCAAGUACUGAAAACAUCUCAGCUUUUUUAUUGUUAUAGUUGCAGAUUCUCGUUUUUCUUUUUUGUAUUAAGAUGCAAAGUCUCUUUUUUUUGCACGUUUGCACAAUGUUAACUUUUUUAAUGCUACUGAACGUCCUGGAGCUGUUCUGCGAUUAGUGAAGUCAUCAUUAGGUCUGAAUGACAGAUUUGGCAUUUCUUCUGUCAUCUGCACAUUUGUAACAUCGGUUAAAAUUUUACAAAUGUUAAACACUUUAUUUCCAGGAUUUAAUGCUGAAACACCACUGAUGAUCCUUGUCAACCACAGCACCUUUGUUUCUAAAUAUUAAGCAGAAAGUAUUUAUUGUGCUUUGUUAAACAAAAUGGAAAAUCAACAUCCACGUUGAGGAUGCUUCCUAUGUACAGUCAUAUAGUUGUUUAAUUUGCUGUUACAAAAACUGUUUUGUGUGAAUUGGUUUUAGUUUCCUUUCAGAGUUAACCGUUUUCUAACAUUCCACCUUAAGCUUGUUUUAACUGCGCCUGGACCUUUUAUGUUACUUUUAGUAGGUUACAUUUCUUGCCAAAUUGAAUUAGAAACCACACACAUCUGACAAAUCUGACAAGUGAUGAUUCAAUACGACAUCUGAGUCAAAAAUAUUUAUUUCAGUAUCAAAUCAAUACAAUAUUCUCUGAGAGGAAUUUCCGUUGUUGCAGUUUUGUUCAGUGCCUUUCAUAAAUAAAGAUGCUUCCUCCAA